AUGGGGAAUGAUGUAAAUGUUAUUGUACUAGUGUUCAAGACCCCCGAGCGGGUAGUUAUUCAAUAUGACAGCAGCAAGAAGGACAACAAAUCGGUAUCCGUUAGUUAUACGGUUCCUCUUCCCGCUGCAAAUUCAAUGGUGAGCAUUGCAGAUGUCGUUAAGGUAACCCGUAGCGGUUGUGUGUUUGACCUUGUAUCUCCUAAAGUUGUGGAAGAUGUUACGAUGUGUAAUAAAGAAGAUGUUCCUACAAUUGAUCCAGUUAAUGCUCUAACUUGCCAGUCUGACUGUGUGGAUGAAGUUGAGGCACAAGGAGUCUUUGGCUAUGCUCUUUAUAAGGAUGAAAAAACACCCAGUUUGUCUUAUCCCUUAGAAAAUUUUGACUCUAAUGUAUAUGGACGAAGCUUUCAAGGAAAUAUUGGUCGUGCUAGAAAUGUUAUUGAGUUUAUGAAAAAUGAUAGAUGUUGUACCAACUCAGCCCUAGUUGAUGGAUUAUAUAAAGCAGGAAAACCAAAAGAUGCAAAAGGGGUGUUGGCUGAAAUGAAGAACUUUGUUUUGAAACCUGAUACAGUUACCUACACUUCUUUGAUCAAUUUUUUCUGUAGGAAUGGGCAAAUUGAUGAGGCUAUAGAGUUGCUUAAAGAAAUGAAAGAAAAUGAAUGUGAGGAUGAUACUGUUACAUUCAAUGUGAUACUCGGAGGCUUGAGCAGGGAGGGUAGAUUUGACGAGGCUUUGGAUAUGAUUGAGAAACUCCCACGCCAAGGUGUAUAUUAG